ACAUUUAUAUAUGUAUAUCAGCAAUGGCAUUGAGGGACGGAAUCGAAAAUCGCGAGCAUAGCGAUCGUCGGAAAUAUUCGCGAACGUGGCUACGUAGUACGCACAUGGAGGCGCCAGUGGACGAAUUCGCUCUCAUGCCUCGGUAUUUUGGUGCGCGCCGUUGCGUGACAGCCGUGUGACAGCGAUCUCGUCGAAUUCCGUUCAGUGCACGUUCAGUUCUGUUUCGCUCGCCGUUCCGUUUGCGGCGAUCUCGUAGCCCGUCGGUGGGGUCGCGCGGUCGCGACAGGAAUGUCUUGUCACGAGUGUCAUCCGGACCCGCGGACCCCGUGUGGAUCACGAUGUGACCGCGACCCCGCGGUGAUUGCCGAGGAAAACGCGCGCGAGGCCCGCCGCUCCGUCGACCCGCAACGAACGACGCUUCGCCGUCGCUGAUUCCACCGCCGUGGACGCGCCGCCGGCUAAAUGGCAAAGCUCUCACGAAGCCUCGGCGAGCCGACGUGAAUCCGGAUUUAAAUUCCCGAGCGAGAACGCAGUUCGGUUACGGUGCGUUGAUCCGGCGUUUUCAAGAAUGCACUCCGGAGGAGACGAUGAGACCGAAAGAAAUGGCAUCGACAGUAGCAGUCAUGUAACAAGGUCAUAAAUAGAACUUAUCCCGGGAUGGAGGACUACACGCCGAUCGACGAGGACUUCCCGGGCCGGUUGCUGCACCAGGCCGCGCUCUGGGACAAUGCCGAGCUGCUGGAGGAUCUGCUGCGGGGCGAGCACGCGCAGUACAUCAACAGUAAGGACUCGUGGGGCAGGACGCCGAUGCACGCGGCCGCGAUCACGGAGAACUCCCGCUGCCUGGACGUUUUGCUGACCGCCGGGGCUGAUCCGAACGUCACCUGCGGCCCCCGCGGUCACCAUCGGACGCCGCUGCACGUUUGCGCGGAGCACGGCCACGCCGGCAACGUGGAGAAGUUGCUGAGCUUCGACGCGGAUCUGAUGAUCCGCGACGACGAAGGCCUGAAGCCACUCGACAUCGCCGAGAAGGGCAACCACGACUCCUGCAUUUAUCUCCUGAAAGCGGCGGCCGAGAAGUACGAGCUCGCGAAGCAGGCGACCCACGCUUCCUUACGCGCGGCUUGCAUCCAGGGUGACACCGUGGCCGCUCGGAACAUCAUCCAGGGCCUGUCGACCGAUCUGGAAUGCGUGGUGAACAUGGCGCCGAACGGCGCCAACACGCUGCUCUUCGUCGCCUGCGAGAGCGGCCACAAGGACAUCGUCCGGCUGCUGCUGGACCACGGCGCCGACUGCAGGAUCCAUCCGGUCACCAAGUACUGCCCGCUCUACAUAGCGUGUUACCACGGCAAACUGGAGAUCGUCGAGCUGCUGCUCCGGCACUUUCCCAAGCAGGCGCAACAGCUCACGGUGGAGCGCUGGCUGCCGAUUCACGCGGCGACAAUAAACGGUCAUCAUCUGGUGAUCGACGCGUUGCUCAAGUUUGAGUAUCCGCAGCACGUCUAUCAACGUCACAAGGAUCCGUCCGGCGAGUUCGAAUACGAGCUACCGUUUGACAUCAACGCUCAGGACGUUACCGGCCAGCACGCGUUGUACAUAGCCAGCAUGCUGGGCAACGUCAAGUGCGUCGAGCUGUUGCUGGGUUACCGAGUUAAGGCGAGGACGACCAAGGAGGAGGACGGCGUGGGCGGCGCGCAGCAGCUUCCGGUGUCGAAGCACAAGAUCUCCAGCGGUAUUCAGAGGCUGAUGUCGUCGUUGAAUUUCCGCAGCAAGGCGCCCACGGACAAGAAGGACGACAAAAUGGUAUACCCGGUGAAUCUGGAUCUCUAUUGCAACAACGGCAGCGAAACAGCGCUGCACGCGGCCGUCAGAGGCAGGCAUACCGAGGUGGUGAACGCCCUGCUUCAGGCGGGCGCCAAUCUCGAGCUGCCUGUCAAAGUCCCGUACGAUCAGAACGAUCCCGACGGCAGUUACUCGAGCGUGCUGACGAUCGCGUGUCAGAAUCGCGACGUGAAGAUCGCGGAUCUGCUGCUGAAGCACGGCGCCGUCGACAACGAGUGCAAGGCGCUGAAGAUCGCCGCGCAGAAUCGCGACGAGGCGUUGACCGCGAAACUGCUGUCGAUCAAGGCGCAUCCGGAUUCCGAGUACAAGAUCAACAAGAAGGCGAUGACCGAGUGCACGCAGAGCUCGCAUUUCUCCGCUCUGGCGUCGUUCGGCAACGUCACGUACUCCGCGCUGUUCCCGAAGACGCCCACGAUGAUCAAUUGGCACAACCAGCAGUGUCGUCUCUCGCAGAUCCGGUUGCAGUGGCUGAUCGACGCGGUGUUGCACGUUAACAAGAAGCUGAGUUCGAAGAAUAACGACCUGGUGUUGUACGCCAUCACGCGGAUUGACAUCUCCCACAACUCCAUCACCUCCGUACCGUCCAUCAUGUUUUACUUACAGAGCCUGCGAUACCUCAACAUGGCACAGAACAAGAUCGACACUCUCACGGCCGACUCGAAGAAUCCGAAGGACAAGCUGUGCCCGGUCCUGGAGGAGAUGUAUCUGCAAGACAAUCGGCUGGAGCAGCUGCCAGAAUUCAUCAUGAACUUACCGGCGCUCGAGAUCAUGGACGUGUCCAACAACAAGCUGCAGUGUUUGCCGCAGAAUCUGUGGCGCGCGCCCAAGCUGAAGGAACUGAACGCCUCGUUCAAUCUGCUGCGCGAUCUGCCCAGCCAGGCGUCGCAGAACGUCUUGAGGAAGCCGCAACGGGGCGACGAGGCGCAACAGAACGGCACCAACUUCCGCGGACUGGCUGCUGUGCCGCGAAUAGAGUCCAUGGAAUUCGACUCGUUCACGAAGAUCGCGAACGCGCAGGUGAUCGAAAUGGAGCGGCCGCACGUGUGGACCGGCUCGGUCCAAGUGUCGGAGAGGAUGAGCGACGACACGGAGAAUGGCAAUAAGUCGGUGCUAGCGUCAUUGAACCUGGCGCACAACCUUUUCAACAGCAUCCCCGUGGCGUUGCCGUGCCUGGCGGUGAGCCUGGUGCGGCUGAACAUGGCGUACAACUCUCUGCGCUCGAUGAGCCACAUCACUUCGUAUCCGGCCAGCUUGAAGCAGCUGGACCUGUCGAACAAUCAGAUCUCGCGAUGGCCCAGUCUGCCGCAGGUCGACAGCUCCGACAGCAUGGAGCAGGCGAACACGGCCUGCUAUUGCCCGGCUGUCAACGCACAGUCGCCCAGUAUCGUGCCUGGCAACCGGCAGACGCCCACGUCGAUGCGUGACAUCGUCUUGCAAUCGGUGUGCGUACACAGGCGGCAUCUGCGACUGGAGAACCUGCGCACGUUGAUCCUGGCGAACAAUCUACUGAAUCGGAUCCAGUUGACGUCGUGCGACGACGGCGAGAUGCCGUGUUCGGAGGAAGAACGCGCGGAUUUGGACAGGGAUUCAAAAAUCGGGCAUCCCGGAUCGAAGCUGUAUUUGCUCUUUCCCAAUGUCAGUAUGCUCGACAUCAGCAACAAUCAAUUGCGCGAGAUACCGCACAACAUCUACGAGCUGAGCAAUCUGUCGGUGCUGAACAUCAGCGGCAACAACGAGAUCGUCGAGCUGCCGCCGCAGAUGGGUCUGCUGGGCCGCCUAUGGAAUCUGAACACGCAGGGCUGCCGGUUGCAGGAGCCGCUCAAGUCGAUGAUCGAGUCGAAGAAGUACAAGACGAUGGACGUGAUCGGUUACCUCAAGUCGAUCCUGGAGGACGCAAAGGCGUACGCGCGCAUGAAGCUGAUGAUCGUCGGUAUUCAGGGGAUCGGCAAGACGAGUCUGCUGGAGCAAUUACGGCAGGAGGGCGAGGUGCCGAACAAGAAGAAGGCGUCCGAGCACUGGGCCAAGCGGAUGGGCAACAAGAACAUCAACGCGAAGACCGCCAAGGGUACAACCAUCUCGACCGUGGGCGUGGACAUCGGCGAUUGGCUCUACGAGAAGAAAGUGCGCGGACAAUCGUCCCACGGGCCGGUCUACUUCAGGACCUGGGACUUUGGCGGUCAACGCGAGUAUUACGCGACGCAUCAGUAUUUUCUAUCGAAGCGCAGCCUGUAUCUGGUCGUGUGGCGGAUCACGGACGGUUUCAAGGGCGUCUCCGAGAUCUUUCAGUGGCUGGUGAACAUUCAAAGCAGAGCGCCCAACUCGCCGGUCAUCAUCGUCGGCACGCAUUACGACGUUUCCUACGAGCACAGCGAGGGUCUGCAGCAGUACAUCCGCGACAAAUUUAUCAACGUGGUCGACGCCGAGAAGUGCGGUCUGCCCAAGGUCAUGGAGACAAUCGAGGUGAGCUGUAAGACGCGUCACAAUAUCAAGAUGCUGUGCAAUCUUAUCUACGAUGUUGUCUUCAGUCUGAAGUCGCCCGGCAGCAAGGAACUGCUGCUGGAGCAGAAAGUCCCGGCGAGCUAUCUGGCGCUGGAAGACGUAGUGAUCCAGCUGGCGCACGACAGAAAGCUUACCGGCUUGGACCCGGUGCUGAAGGCCGAUCAAUAUUACGCAGCGGUUAAUAACGAGCUGCAGAAGUUGCACAGGUCCUUCAGAGAUCCGGCCGAGUUGCAUCAGGCGACGUUGUUCCUCCACGAGAACGGGAUAAUCCUGCACUACGACGACGCUACGUUGAAAGACCUCUACUUCUUAGAUCCGCAAUGGCUCUGCGACAUGCUGGCCCACGUGGUCACCAUAAGGGAGAUCAAUCCGUUCGCCCGAUCGGGUAUAAUGAAACUGGACGAUAUCCAGCACGUGUUCAAAUCCUCUACGAUAUCAUCGAUUGACACCCAAGGUUACAUCGUCAGCUUACUCAACAAAUUCGAGGUCGCUCUGACAUGGGACUGCCGCACGCUGCUGAUACCAUCCCUCCUACCGACUGAAGAGGAUAUCCUGCGCAAUAAUCAGAUAAUCAAGGUACCGGUGAAGACGCGCGGCUGGCACGUGCGUGCGAAGAAGAUCACGUCGCCCAUAUUCGCGUGCCUGGGUACGUCAACCAGCGACAACAAAAAUAACGCCGAGUGCGUGCUCACGUCGAGAUCACAGCCCGACUGCUCCGUCACCAGACUAUUGCUCAUGUCAUAUUUCCCCAGCGGCUUUUGGUCCCGAUUAAUCACUCGGAUCCUCGCGGACGACGCCAUCGUCGACAUCGUCAUGUCGUUCCUGGCGCCGUUCAAGGAUUUCGUCGACGACAAUAUUUUCGCUAGUUUACUGGAGCUACAGGCCGAGUGGGUGCUCUGGCAGACGGGGAUCGAGCUGCGAUACUCGGGCAUUACGUUGCUACGUCUGAAGGAAGUCUGCUACAAUCUGAAGAACUCGCCGUACGAUUACAGGCAGUUUAAGUUCAAGUUGAGACAGGACGGUAUUUGGUGCACGGUGGACCUGAAAAAUUCCGCCAUUCUAGAGAUUUGGUUCCCAGUGGACACCCUGGUGAUCAAGCAGCCCAUCAUGUCUGAUUCCGUGGACGAGGAGCCCAUGGGCUACCAAGCGAUCGUGGUGGAGCCACGGCCGGAGAGUAUGCCGCAGUUGAUGGCGUUGAUCGUCGAUCACAUCGACAUCCUGCUGGAAGACUGGUAUCCGACACUGGGCACGCGUUUCGUCCACACGUCGGAGGGUAAAUUGCUAGUCACACGAUUGAUACCGUGUCCGCGCUGUUUGCUCGGCAACACCGAGAACGGCGACGGCGAGUCGAGCGACAGCGACGGUCGGCUGAUCGAGGACAUCCAGAAGUACUGCGCCGUGAAUCGCACCGAGAGGCAGAGCCAGGAUAGCUACAAGUCCGACGGGGACAGCGGCGUCGGCUACGACAGUCUGACGUCCAGCAGAAUGCCGUCGCUCGAGGGACACCCGGAUGUGUCGAAGCAGCAGAGCACCACUUCGCAUCCCGAGAAUACUCUCGCGUACUGCUGGAUGGUGGAGGAGUGCAUACUGGCGGCGUACAGCAGCAAGCCCAUCAGCUGCCCGAGACACUCCGAGGUCCCGUUGUCGCACGUCGCGCCGGACAUCAUCUUCAUGGAUCUGGGCGCCAAGCAUCUGAUCAAGUCGGAGGAUCUGAAGCGGGGCAAGCUGCUCGGUCGCGGCGCCUUCGGCUUCGUCUUUCGCGGCAGCUGCCGACUGCCCGGCACGCAUGUCCGCGCCGACGUGGCCAUCAAGAUGUUGCAACCAGUUUCGCCGGGCCCGAACUCCACGCAGUCGGCAAUCCUCGCGUACAAGGCGUCGCAGAGCAAAUGGGACCGCGACCCGCUGCAGUACGCCUGCAAGGCGUACUGCAUGGCGCGUCAAGAGCUCAAUAUCUUGCUAACGCUCAGGCACGCCAAUAUCGUGCCACUGAUCGGCAUAGUCGUCAGUCCGUUGGCUCUCGUGCUGGACCUGGCGCCUCAGGGCGCGCUGGACGCCGUCCUGAAAAAUUACCGCCGCUCCGGAGCUAAGUUGGAUCCCUACACGCUUCAGGCGAUAAUUCUUCAGGUCGCCAAGGCGGUGGAGUACCUGCAUCAGCAGCACGUCAUCUACCGCGAUCUUAAAUCGGAGAACGUGCUGGUGUGGCAGAUGCCGCUGCCAUUCCAGGAGAAUCCGGAGUCGGUGCACGUCAGAGUCGCCGAUUACGGUAUCUCGAGACUGACGCUGCCCACGGGGGCGAAAGGUUUCGGCGGCACGGAGGGCUUCAUGGCGCCUGAGAUCAUCAGGUACAACGGCGAGGAGGAGUACACGGAGAAGGUGGACUCGUUCUCGUUCGGCAUGUUCAUCUACGAGCUCGUCACGCUGCGCCAACCGUUCGAGGGCCACGAGGCGGUGAAGGAGUGCAUCCUGGAGGGCGGCCGACCGCCGCUCAUGUACCGUGAGACCUUCCAUCCGUGCUACGCGCUCGAUUUGAUGGUGAUAUGCUGGGCGCAGAAUCCGAAGGAUCGGCCGACCGCCAGUCAGAUCGUCUCGAUCGCCUCCGCGCCCGAGUUCACGCAUCUGAUAGACGUCACCCUGCUGACGGAACGCACGCAGGUGACGGCGGUCACCAUGACCAAUCAUUAUAGUGGCGGGUCGAACGACGCGACGGAGAGUCUGAACGGCGACGAGAUCUGGUUCGGGCACAACAACGGUGAGGUGGACAUGCUGUUGGGCAUGCAGAAGGGCUGGCUGCGUCACGUGCGCAUUGAGACGCCUGUGAUACCGUACGCCAUGUGCGGCGUGGAUGGCUAUAUCUGGAUCGGCGACAACGCGGGGCAGGUGCACGUCUAUCUGUGCAGCAACUUCGGCUGCGUGGCCAGCUACAAUCUGGAGGCGGAUCACAGCAGGGAGUCCAAGGUGGUGGGACUGAUUCACCUGGAGCAGUUGAAGCAAUUUGCCGUGGCCUUACACAGCGGUCGGAUCUUCCUGCUGUCCAACUCGUUCAUGCAGAUGAGGAAGACGGAGAUCACGGGCGGCAGCAGUGGCACGGAAACGACGCGCCACGAUGCUGACGUGAAGACCUACUCGCUCGCCGCGGUCUGCCGAAAGAGACGCGUACUGGAGCUCUGGACCGGCCAGAGCUACGGUCGGAUAUCCGUUUACACGCUGAAGGACGGCAACCUGGUCGACACGACGCAGCUGUCUCACUGCAGCGCCAAUGAUACCGCGAUGAAGAAUCUGUUUGCCACGUAUUUGAUCGGCGCGGCGACCGAGAACUUCAUCUUCUCGUACACGUAUCCGGGCUGCGUGGUGUAUCAGUGGGACGUGGAGAGCCGGCAGAUCGUCAACAAGCUCGACAUGUCCAAGCUAGUGCCGUGCUCCGAGAGCCUCAAGUCCAUCGCCAUCGAGGAGAACUUGUCGACGGAGAAGUGCCAGGUGACCGCGCUCGAGGCCAGCGGCGGUCAGCUGUACAUCGGCACCACCUGGGGCUGCAUCGUCGUCGCCGAGUGCAGCACCCUGCGCCCCGUCACUGUGUUCCGGCCGUUCGAGGGCAAGGUCUGCCAGAUCGUGUCUCUCAGGUCCGCCGACAAGAGGAACGCGGUGCUGGCGACCGUCGGUCAGGGAUAUCGCAGCCUGAUCGCGCGGUACACCGACUUCCCGCUGAAGACGCUGGAGAACGAGGAGCUCAGGCACGGCAUGUACACCCUGCUGUGGCGAUCGGAGAACUGGUCGGCGGCAUGAUUCCCCCGGAGAUCGUAAGAUCCGCAUCCUCAGGUGCAUUUGGCGAUCGUUUUUUUUUUUUAGCGUUACACGCGAUCCGACUGACCUUUAGCUUAUACGAAGAUAAGUACACAAGUAAGUUACAUUUAAUGCUGAACACACGUUGAGCAGAUGGACCUACUCUUGUCCAGCGUUCUUUCAAUGAAUGCCGAUGAAAAGCAAUUUUUUUUUUGUCGUAAGGAAAUUCGGUGCCAAUAUACGAGGUGUUACAAUUCGGUAUGACAAAAUUUCGUAGAGCGACGGAGUUCGUGACGGGAUCGCAGGAUUCUCUUCUUCGGCGGCAUAAUAAUAAACCGGAAGUGCUUAAGUGGUGCGAAGUUCAAUUUGAGCGAUGUUUGGGCUCACGGUGAAUCUUAUACGUCCAAUAAUAAUAUUAUAGUACCUAUAGCACGUAAAGGAUGUCGAUUGCGCUAAUAAGCGUGACUUGGAGAAGGAAAAUGACAUUGCAAGUCUCACGGGGCGGUCGAGUCGGUCCCGCGAGCACGCUUAUUAACGGGCCACCCUGCUGUCACACAGGCUGUAAGCUGAAAUAUUCUUUCGUUCGUCCAAAUCACAGCAUUACCCAAGUGUAAGAGAAACAUUCUUAUUUUGUAUAAGACUAAAUCCUAAGCAGAAUAGUCUAACGGUAUUUUAACGUACGUUUCCGCUUGCGUAAGUAUAAUCGGGCUCUACGAGAGCCGCGCUACAUAUAAGUAUUCAUAUAACUAAGGGAAGAGAAUAUAUUAAUAAUGCAAUCUGUUUUCUCGUGUCGCUGCGAGACACGGGAGAUAAAAGAAGGAUAAUGGAUUUUCUCGGAUAUUUAACUGAUAUUAACUGAGCUGUUUCAGAUAUCAAAGAGCUAUUUUUAGCACCAUCAAUUACCUUUUAUAAUAUCGUUAACGUUAAGAUUUCGAUAAGUUUUACUGCUGACAUUAACGUCGUAAUCUUGUGAAUCGAUAUAGAAGUACGAUUUCUAGACCGUACUCGCAUAUCUUUCUCCGUGAAUCAGUUAACAUCACGCCCCAAAAAAAAGUAACGUCUAUCGCUAUACUGCGAGUUUUACAGUGAUUAAGUCUAAUCGAACCGAAGGUUGUGGGACAUAUUUAUGUUAGCAUUAAUUUACCGCAAUAUAAUACACUAGGAAGACACAAGGCCACAAACACACACAUACACAAUAGAAGCGUCUUGCUCAAUGAAAUCAUAAAAUUUCGACCCAUGAUUUAAUUACACGAACGAUUAGUGUAUCCCAAAUGUAAUCGAUGUGAUAUGAAAUACUCAGCGAAAGAGAGAACGUAAAAUAUCGUCACAAAAGUGUGUUAUAUUAUUUUUACUUACAACACUUAUCAAUUACGCUUAUCAACAAGCUCUUCUAUUUGCUAGAAAUUUUAAUUUGCUUGACAGGUAUUCGUUCCAGCUUCUCUGUGUCUAAGCGUUCUUCGGGAGCUUUCAUUAGUUUAUAGCAAUAAAAUGAAACGUAACGAUGUAAUACACGAAUUGCGUAUUUAAUUCGUCGACGCAAUUUAAAGGCGAGAAGGCGGCAUUUAAAGGGUUAAACGGAUUGAUUAUCUUUAGAAAAUGUGAUGCGGUCGGCCGAGAGUAUUUUAAAUAAGCGUAUACAGCUUCUGGCUGUUGUUCGCGAACCGGCGCGUGUGGUGCACUGAUGCUGUAUCUUUAAUUUAUAUGCGGCGCGUUUUAUAUUUAUUUUUUUAAUCAACUCGUACCUGCAGCGCGUGAAGCGAACCACAGUGAUAUACGCAGCUUGUAUCCCCUGUUCUUUUUUUCUAAUACGACUAUUGUAAAGAAUUAGAAAUUAUGCAUCGCUCUACGCAAUUAUUCUCAAGUAUGCCUUGGAAAUUAUGGUUAAUGUUGUGUAACGCAAAACGUAAUUAAUUACCGCGAUUGAUCUCCGUACGUUAAGUGCGUCAUUGUAAGUUCAUGUUUACUCAUCGCGAGGAUCAUGUCAUCUAUGAUCAUCAUCUCGUAUUCAUCGACAUAAGUUAUAACUUUGCAGGAACCCAUUGUUAUUUAAUGUAUUUGAUUGUCACGAAAUAUAAACACUGUUGUUGAACAAGAA